AUGUACGAUCUUAUCAUAUUGGCCACUUCACCGCCAUCAAAGCUCGAGAACGACAUAAAGAAAAAGUAUGAUGACCCGGCAAUGCUUUUGCUUCACGGAGUGCCCAGAUCUUUGUUACCAAUAUCUGGGAAACCAGCCAUGAAUUGGUGGUUUGAUGAAUUGAAAAGUAGAAUCGAUGGAAAUGUUUAUCUCGUUACCAACGCCUGCAA